AAAAAGCAGCCGUUAUAAAGUGAUAUGAGUCUAGGUCGCACAGGGACUCAGGAGCCAGGUCUUAGUUGCACUACUGGUGAUUGAUCAUUGCUGCGAAAAUGAUGAUAAAAUAUUAAAUUAUUUGGGGGUAGAAAAAGCAGGAUGGCUUUGGAUAAAAAUUUUGAGUGUCAGAAUACAAUUGUAGGACUAUUUGAGAAAGGUUCUUUUCCAGUUAUAUCGUUGCAGCUCGCCUGUGCAAUUUUACUCACCGGAACCUUCAACAUCCUUCUUGGCCAAUUAAAUCAAACUAGAUAUAUUUCAUCAGUCCUUGCUGGUGUUGCGGUAGGGCCAUCAUUGCUUGGAGGUACAGAAACAUUUAAAUGGAUGAUCACAAAAUCAGGAGGAACCUCAUUAGUAGAACUUGUUUCAUCCAUUGGGUUGAUGUUCUUCUCAUUCCUCGUCGGAGUGAAAACAGACAUGGAUAUGGUUCUGAAAGCAAGAAAAAAAACUUUUGUUAUAGGCUUUUGUACUUUCACCAUCCCUUUAAUCUUUAAUGCAGCUGUUUGUUUUUUCAUCAUGAACCAUAUUUCUAUGGACCAAGAUUUGUACGAUUCCCUCAAAUUCAUUACACUGAUACUAUCUUGCUCUUCCUUCUACGAUACCGCUUGUGUAGUUGGUGACUUGAACCUCCUCAACUCAGAGAUUGGUCGUCUAGCUCUGGCUAUUUCGAUAAUCACCGGGUUGUGCAGUUGGUUAUUCACGUUUGCACUCGAAACAUUGCACGAAGCCACUACAUUGAAGGCAGUAAUGGUGAUAUUUUCUUGGAUGAGUAAAGGUUUCAUUGUCAUGUUCGUCCUGCUCAUUAUACGUCCAAUGAUAUCGUGGAUGAACAAAAAUACUCCAGAAGGCAAAACAUUAAAGGAGGAGUAUGUUGGGUUGAUCCUUCUUGCUGUCUUGGGAACUGCAUUAUAUAGCGAGGCCAUUGGGCAACACGCCAUGUUUGGACCGCUUAUGAUUGGACUUCUGGUACCUGUUGGGACACCGGUAGGAAUUGCUGUUCAAAAAAAGUUCGACUGCUUCGUUUCUUACGUGCUCUUGCCAGCAUUUUUUGUUGUAGUAGGUUAUCCAGUACAUGCAUUCCAAGUCAGAAUGAAGGACUUUGCGAUUGUGGAGUUAAUAUUGUUCCUUGCUUUAUUUGCGAGACUUACUGCAGUAGUAUUGGCUUCCUUCUAUUGCCAAAUGCGAAUUCAGGAUUCCUUCUCACUCGGUCUCAUCUUAAAUUGUGGUGGGAUAUAUCAUCUUAUGUAUUUAACUUCACUUUAUGCAGAAAAGGUGCUCAAUCAAGAAACUUAUACCAUCAUGCUCUUCACAAUUGCUUCAAUAACAAUGAUAACCACACCAAUAGUGAAAAAAUUAUAUGAUCCUUCAAGGAAAUAUUCUGGCUAUAAGAGACAAGGUAUCCAAUAUUCUACUAUCAAGGGAGAGCUCCGGAUACUUGCCUGUGUCUAUGAACAAGACAGUGUCCCCACCAUCCUCAACUUCCUUGAAGCCACUAAUCCAACGAAAGAUGGUACUGUAUGUAUAUAUGUAUUGCACCUCAUUGAGCUGGUAGGCCGUGCAGCUUCCCUCCUGGUUGAACAUAAAAGGUAUAAGAAGAAAACAUAUACACAUUCGCGUAGUCGUAACACGUCAGAAAAAAUUAUCAGCGCCUUCAACCAUUUUGAACAACUGAAUCAAUGUUUCAUCAUUGGAGAAUGUUUCACUGCAGUAUCACCGUUUGCAAGCAUGCACACCGAUGUAGCUCAAAUAGCAAUCGACAAGAGGGCAAAUAUGAUCAUCAUACCCUUUCUUGAGUUAGCCCAACACCCCAUUCGAGCAGCCAACCGAAGUAUUUUGGGUAAAGCACCAUGCUCAGUCGGGAUACUAUUUGACCACAUAAACGGGUCGAAACCUGUUAUGGAUGUUCUUGCAAGAUGCCAUAAUGUUGCUAUGAUUUUUAUAGGAGGACCUGACGAUCAAGAGGCACUUGCAUAUAGUAUGAAAAUAGCAGAUACACCUGACUUAUAUCUCACAGUUUUUAGAUUCACGCAUUCAAACUCGAAAUACGGCAGUAAAAAAAGAAAAAAAGACGAUGAAGUACUUAUAAAUGAAUUGUUUGGCAUGAUCAUGACAAGCGGAAAUAUUAUGUAUAAAGAGGAAGAAAUAACAGAUUGUGCAGAUACUGCAUUUAAAAUUAAAUCCAUGGAAGACACUUAUGACUUCAUAAUAGUAGGUAGACGACAUGACAAUAAUUCACCAAUCUUGUCUGGACUCGACGAAUGGUGUGUGUACAAAGAGCUUGGAGUUAUUGGAGAUCUUCUAGCUACAUCUAAUUCUCAUGGAGAAUUUUCAAUUUUGGUAAUGCAACAAUAGGUCCUGAAGUAGAAUUCUUUUUUUUUUUUUUUGCGUUGGAAAUGGUUAGCAGGGACACUCGAACGACUUACCUCGAGAAUGAGAGAGUCCGACACCUGGGCAAUUGUAAAGCAGAAUCUUAGACGAAACAAAUAUACCGUUAAAUAACAUCA